AACAAAUGCCUUACACUUGUCCGUAAGAGACACGCGUCAAGGUUUCCUUUGACUCAACGUCAACACCGAGAUUACCGGUGUUUUAGGCGGGAAAAAAAGGAAUGUGGACUCCACGAAGCUGUCUUUGGCGGCAAAACGGAGCAACCGCACUCUCUCUCCCCGGUCCACUAAUCUGUCGACUGAAAUGAAGUCGUAGCCAUAGAUUUGUCACCGCUUUACCAUCUUCCUAGAACCUUCUUCAGGGCUUUGGUUCGCCGCUAUAUAUAUUGGUUUCUCACAAACUUUGCGCUCUUUUUUGUGACUCUAUUGAAGCAGUGAGCGAGAACCGGUGAGGCGUCUUGUGCUUCGAGAUUGUGGGAGUUUGUCGAGCGGAUUUAUGUCGGCUGAGUUUGAUUGUGGCUUUGUUGAUCUGCUGGAUUUGCUCUUCUUCGGAUUUCAUUACGACCUUCACUGGUUGUUUCGCUCUCUGCUUCUGUUCUCUCUGUUUUAUGUUACUCUGCUGGAAGCAGAGUUUGAAUCCGGUGAACCAGUCUAUUCCGAUGCGUUUGAGACCAAAAAAGACUUGUUCUGGAGUCGAGUAUUGUGGCGAAUUUCACAUAAAAGGGUUAAAUUUUCUUUUCAUAUUCUUAAGAGGGUCUGUAACCUGACACUACUCUGAUAAUCAGGGCUUCUUUAUUGAGUAUUCGUUUAAUUCUUCUGAAAGUAAUUUUUGAGGAAGGGUUUUGGUUGAAUUUUCUUCCUCAAAGAUGCCGGGUUCUAUGAUUCAAUCGUCGGAUAAGAACAAGUCCUCUACCAAGUCGAAAAUGACUAAACCAGUGUUACCAGAAGACUCCAGAGUGAGAAAAAUUAGGAUCAUCUGCAGUGAUCCUUAUGCUACCGAUUCAUGUUCAAGUGAGGAUGAAGCUUAUAUUACUGAAAAAAUGCCCCAAACAAAGCGAUACAUCAGUGAAAUCAAUCUUCCUCUGGUUAUUGUGCCUGGAUCCACCUCUUUUGAACCAGAUGGCUCUAGUCAAGACAGUAACACCAAAAUCUCCCUCAAGAGGCAGAGAGCUUUGUCUGAAACCCCAACAUCACAAACACAAGGUAGAAGAGUUGGUAUUAGGAGAAGAAAAUGGGGCAAAUGGGCUGCUGAGAUUAGAGACCCAUUCACCAAGGGUCGUAAAUGGUUGGGUACUUUCAACACUCCUGAAGAGGCUGCAAAAGCCUAUGAUGCUAAGAAGCUUGAGUAUGAGUCCAUGAUGAAGGAGGCUGCUGCUUCCACUGAUAAGGGCAUGAACAUGUCCUCUUCUGUCAAUGACAACAGCUCCUCUGCAUCGGCGGGGGACUCCGAGAGUGCCUUAUCUCUCACAUCUCCGUUUUCGGUUCUUGAGCUGGACACUUCAUUCUCAGAUGUGAAUGCUAAGUCCAGAAAGUGUGAUGAACCCAUCACAGAAUGUUUUGAUGCUACUAGUAUCAUGGAUCUUGAAAUUCCUGCUGAUUUUGGUUUUAUUGAUGAGCCAUUACUGUCUGCAUCUAUUGAUCAAGACAUGAACUUUGGACCUGAGCUUGAUUGCCUCUUUGUGGAUGAUUGGAGACUAUUAGACAACUUUUGUAGCAUGGAUGAUCUCAGUAUUCGCGGAAUUGAAGAUGGAGAAGCUAGUGACCUUCCUGAUUAUGUUUUCGAUCUUGACAAUGAAGACAUUGGUUUCCUUGAUGAUCGAGCAGCAGCACCACUGGCUGCUCCAUCCACCACUUGAUAUCAAGUGCCUAUAAGUUUUGAAAGUAGAGAAUUUUGAAUUGAAGUCUAAUCAUAGCAAGCCGAGAUUAUCAGAGACUCCUCUUGAGAUGAGUUUUUGAUGAAUUUUUGUUAAGUGAGUUCAAAUUUAUUCUGUUUGCAGAGUUCUGAGAGAUGGAGGAUUGUGCCUUGUGGGUUUUUCUCGUGCUAUUUAGAGCCGUCCGAAGGGUUAUUUACUUGUCUGUUUGCAGGGUUUUGAUGAGCCCCUCGCAUCUCUCAUUUUAUUAAAUACCAAGUUAUAUUAUGAAAUGAAACAAAGUUAAAUUUGGUUA